ACGUCUCAUUUGACUUCAAUCAAACCUCUCUUAAAAGCCGCCAUGGACAGUGGAAAUGCGUACCAGGAUCCAUGGCUAGCUCCCGACAAGCUCUACCACGUCCUCUUCUGCUUCUCUCUCACCCUUAUUUUCUCUGCCUUAGCAUCCUGCACUGAUUAUCCCUUCAUCCGCAUCCACUCUAUCCGGGUCGGAUCCAUUCUAUCCCUUUUGGCCGGUGCCGCUAAGGAGGCUGCUGACCACCUCGGCCUGUUCCCCUCGGCAGGCGCUUCCUUCAAGGAUGCCAUCGCUGAUAUCAUCGGCGUCUUGGCCGCCUCGCUCGUUCUUUCCUUGCUGAGGAAGUAUUCGGGUCGACCCGGUCUUGAACAAGAACAGACCCGACGGGUCUUGCCUGUUUGAGUAGUGUUUUUGGCUUGAAUUUUUUUGAGGGGUUGUGUAUUCUAAUAUUGGGUCGGCCGGUUUGGUUCGCGAUAAGAACGAAAUUGUCCGUUUCGUUGGUGAGAAAUUGAGGGAAAAUUAAAGAAAAUGCGAGAAAGUUUCCUAGUUGUGGAGAGUUUAUAUAUUUGGAUAAGGAAUUGAAUGGAAUGAGUUGAUGAUAGAGGUCCAUUUUUCUAUGUUUGGUUGAUGAGAAAAUGUGGGAACUUUCCGAUUUCAGCAUUAAUUGGGAACUGAAAAGAACAAAGAAAAAUGAAUUUUCAUUUACUUGAAGAUUAUACUACACUGGCCGGUAGUUAAGGAAAACCAGAGGUAUAUAAAUGUGGAAAGGAAGAACUAGAACGAAACCACUAAAUAAUUUCAUCAAUAUAAUGAGUCUGGAGGAAGACAUAACGGGUAGGGAUACUAAGGCAGAGAAGAGAAGAGAGCAGUGUGAGAAGCAGAAGAGGAAAGAAAGAAUAUAAAUGCCAAUUGUUAUUACAGUCUGUCAAAAAAUAAUUAAAGAAUACCUUUCAGGACUUGGGACGAUGUUGUUUUGUCACCUUCUGAUGCUCGUUGUGGUAGGUCUUUCAUGAGUUUCACCAUCUUUCUCUGGCAGUUUGACUGCAGAAUAACUUCCUGCACCACAUAGCGCUCCAAGGAUUGGAGCCGUGAGGUAGACCCAAAUGGCUUUAUAAUUGUUUGCCGCAACCGCUGGACCCAGCGUUCUCACCGGAUUCAUUGACCCGCCAGUCGAAGGUCUGCAAUGUAACACAAAGAAAACAAUUUUAAAGUGAUCAUAGUAAUAGUUUUCAAUCUGUCACAAGACUUCCUCAACUUGCUGAAUAAUUGAAUUGUGAUGUACAUUGAAGCUGAAAAUUUCUGCUCUGGAGUGUUAUAUGAUACCCAUUAAGUUAGUUAAUUUAUUGAAGGAUUAUCAAAUCAUCUUUAACA